AAAGGGGCCUCGGGUCAUCCAUCCGUCUACCUUCUACUCUUCUACUCUUCUACAUUCACAUACCCCAAUCCAUCUUUCACACAUCCCAUCCCAUCCACCACUACCUCCUCACUCACUCACCCACCAAUCUCCCCUCUUCUCAACCUCGCCCACAAAACCCACCAAACCAAAACCCAAACCAAAAACAAAAACCACAGCUACAAUGAUCAUCACGCGCGGAAUCUCCCUGACCAACUUCUUCGUCGCCUCAUCGGCCCUCGCCUUCCAAGUCUUCGUUCUCUACCCCUGGCACAAACAACUCGAUGAUGGGUUCGAGGCCUUGAAGAAGGAACAUCUCCGGGUGGUGAAGGCGCUGGAACAAUUGCAGAUGCAGCAGGGGAGGGGGAUGAAGGUUCUUGCUGGGGCUGGAGCUGGGGAGGGGGUGAAGUCUGUUUGAGGAUGGGGAAUAUCUAUAUGGGUAUAGAUAAGUUUGUUGGUUAUGGGUGUUUAUUUCGGGUUCGAUUAGAUUUCUGUUGUUUUGGUGGUUAUAUAGCAUGUUUUGUUUAGGUUCAAUUUACAAUUGGGUUUGGGUUAGACACUUGUGAAUGUAGAAAUUUUGAGCAGAUGGGAGUGUGGCAGUCGGACAUCUGUCCGGGUGAAUCGGAGAAAACUCCGACGGGAUGCUUGGUUAGCCUCGUGACAAAAUUAGGCAUGCUGCUGCUCAGUGGCCAUCAGG